AUGUCUACGAAAUCGUUUGUAUCACAAUGGAACAUUGACGCGGUUAUUACUUGGCUUCAGGAAUCAAAUUUAGGUGAAUUCGAAAAAAACUUCCGGGAAAAUGAAAUUGAUGGGAAAAUCUUACUUAAACUUAGUGAAUCGAUGGUUGCUCGAUUGUUUCCAACAAUCAGACUUGAAGUUCAAUUCCUUGAUUUGCUACAAUUACUCAAACAACGACAUACGAUGGAAUUGAACUUAAAGAAACCAUUUCCAACAUCAUCGACGAUUACGAAUGGACGUUCGGCAGCGCAUCAAAUCGCAGCACAUGUUAUCGCUUCAUCUUCGUUCGAUAAUGUAAAUGGUCAUUCAUCGAAUUCGAAUUCGCCUGUUGCCACAAACGGACAUCAUCCACCAAAAGUGAUCUAUUCGGAACGUUCACCGAUGAGUAAAGUUCCUCCAUUGAAAUCCUUCAAACGCGACGCAAAAUUCUUUGCCAAUCAAAUUCAGAGUCAAUCUAAUGGCGGGCUAAGCAUCGAUGGUGGUGAGAAUGACACGAAACAUACGUUUCCUCACGCAUAUAAAUUGCCUCAAUUCACCGAAACACUUCGUCUUGCACUUGCCUCGAAAGAUGCCAGCGCUUUCAAGUUACGUACCUAUUAUCGAAAUCUGUUGAUCUCUUCGAUUUAUGAUGACCUGACAAGGACAUACAAUCUUUGGUAUCCAAACGCUCGACAAUACAAAACAGUCGCUGCAGCACUUGUGAAAACUUAUCCCUUUCUCGAAUCUUCGACCGAAGGCGGUGAAGUAUGUAGUUCUGUUCGUAGUGCUGAAGACAUCAAGUCAUACUUGUUUAUUUCGAAGGGUGCGUGGAUCGAUGGAAUCAAAGGCAAAUUUAAACGUGGUCGCCGUACUAUUACAUCUUAUGUUGACGCUGCACAAUCGAUGGGUGGUGAGAAUGGGUUCGAUCGUAUGUCCGGUGAUGAUGAACUAGGUGAAGAAAAAUUAGCGCAAACAUCCGGUGGACAUAAACGAUCUCGACACCAAUUUGAAGUUGAUUCCGAUGAUGAGCAUUACGAAACAGGUGAAAUGCCAUUAAAUGGAAACGGCAAAGAUACGGAUCAAACGAGUGAAAAUGCAGAUGAAUUGGAGGAAGAAGAAUUGAACCGCUUACGAGCUUGCAUAACUGCAAUGCAAGCAACAUUAGCCACCACUGAUGAUCCUGAUAUUUCACUAAUUUCGGAUUACUUCAAAGAAACAUUCGAAAUCCGACGAAACUUCGUGAAAACUCACAAUACCAAUGAAAUUCUCGCAGAAUAUCCCGCAUUACAAUUACAUUCAUGCCUACUAGCGGAUUUUCACAUGCAAACAAACAUCCCCAUCCAAACAGUUUUAAUUCAUAAACUACGUUCCAUAUCGAAACCUAUUCUACGAUUAGCAAAAGAAACGGGUUGCGCACCGGAGAUCCUUCACUCUUAUCAUACGAUUGUUUCUCAACGACCACAAUUAGAACAAAUUGUUGCUGAUACUUUUGCUGUCAUAAUUGUUGCUUGUUAUUUUGGUGAAUAUCAAUUUCUUCUGAUUUCAUCGGAUAAAGAGACUCAAUCACCAUGGCCAAUCAUCCGCGGUGAUCAUCCAGCUCGUGCAUUUUUCGAAGGCAAAUCUUCAUCUCUCUCGUACAAUAUCGAAUUAGACUACGUUCAACUAUUUCAUCGACCAUUGAAUGAUUUUCUCACUGCUAUAUGUACAUNGUUGAGACUCAAUCACCAUGGCCAAUCAUCCGCGGUGAUCAUCCAGCUCGUGCAUUUUUUCGAAGGCAAAUCUUCAUCUCUCUCGUACAAUAUCGAAUUAGACUACGUUCAACUAUUUCAUCGACCAUUGAAUGAUUUUCUCACUGCUAUAUGUACAUUAUUCGCCACGUACUCUGUCUUCGAAAUCACCUAUGGUAAACUGGAAAUGACACUAUCAUUCAUCGAUUGCUUACUCCGAGAUAAUGCCCAUUCAUCGACACGUUCGCCUCAAGUACUUGAAUUGAUCAAUGAACUCAAUUCUAUGAAAUAA